CCAUUUUCGCCAUUUAAAACCCUAAUUCAACAAAACUCAGCAACUUCAUACAAAGCUGGUUUCGCACCGCUUUGCCUCGCAGUACCAAAUUGGAAUCGCGCCGAACUCCACCGUCCGGAUAACGCAAUCACAGUUAAUCUACGAUCGCCAGAAACGGUAUAUUCAAGAUGGCACAAGAAGCCGGUAUGUUCAAGGUUCACCAAACAAUUGGCAGUGUUUUGUGUUGCAAAUGUGGGAUUCGUAUGCAACCAAAUGCAGCCAAUAUGUGUGUGAAGUGUUUGCGCUCAGAAGUUGAUAUCACGGAAGGGUUACUGAAGCGUCUGGUGCUUGUUCAUUGCCCUGAGUGUGAAAGUUACUUGCAGCCACCGAGAACUUGGGUCAAACUGCAGUUAGAAUCAAAGGAGCUGUUGACAUUUUGCUUGAAAAAAUUGCAGAAGAAUAUGAAUAUCAAUAAGGCAAAGUUAGUAAAUGCUGAGUUUAUUUGGACAGAGCCACAUUCCAAGAGGGUUAAAGUCAAGGUUAGUGUCCAGAAGGAAGUUUAUCACGGCGCAAUUCUCGAACAGUCGUACCCUGUUGAGUAUGUUCAACAGGAUCACAUGUGUGAAUCUUGCUCUAGGGUUGCAGCUAACCCUGAUCAGUGGAUUGCUGCUGUGCAACUCAGGCAACAUGUCUCUCAUAGGCGUACUUUUUACUAUUUGGAGCAGCUAAUUCUAAGGCAUGGUGCUGCUGCUCGUGCUAUCAGAAUCAAACAGAUGGAUCAUGGUAUCGACUUCUAUUUCUCUAAUCGAAGUCAUGGUAUCAAGUUUGUUGAAUUUGUAGGGAAAGUAGCCCCUGUUAAGAGUCGCAGUGAUAAGCAACUUGUUUCUCAUGAUUCGAAGAGUAACAACUACAAUUAUAAGUACACAUUUUCUGUGGAAAUCAGCCCCAUUUGUCGUGAGGAUUUAAUUUGUUUGCCUCCUAAAGCUGCUGCAAUUUUGGGAAAUAUUGGUCCUAUUGUGAUUUGCACGAAGGUUACUAACAGCAUUGCUUUGCUUGAUCCACUUACCUUGAAGUUUGGUUUCUUGGAUGCUGAGCAGUAUUGGAGGACAUCCUUCAAGUCUUUACUUACUAGCAGACAGUUGGUGGAGUAUAUAGUGUUGGAUGUGGAAGUUGUUUCAUCUGAGGUUAAUGUCGGUGGCACGAAAUAUGCUUUAGCUGAUGCUCAAGUGGCCCGUGUGUCUGACUUUGGAAAGAAUGACACGAUGUUUUCUAUCAGAACUCAUCUGGGCCAUCUUUUAAAGCCUGGUGACAAUGCUCUUGGUUAUGAUUUGUAUGCUGCGAACAGUAAUGACAUGGAAUUGGACAGGUACAAAGGAAAUAUUCCGGAAGUGGUUUUGAUAAAGAAGAGCUAUCCAGAGAAACGCAAGACUCGUUCAUUUAAGCUUAAACGAAUUCCCAUGGAGGCUGAUGAUAAGAUUAAAGUUAAUGAAGAUAAGAGAAGUGCAGAAUAUGAACUUUUCUUGAAAGAGCUAGAAGAAAACCCUGAAUUGCGGUUCAACAUAUCAUUAUACCAAAAUAAAGACUAUCAGCCAUCAGAGGUGGCAUCUGUGACCGAUGGUGAAGAGGCGCCUUCUGUUCCAUGGGAUGAGUUGCUAACUGGGCUUGAAGAUCUUGACCUGAGUGAGGGUGAGGGUGACGAUGGCGAGGAUAACAUGGCAGAAUAAACAUAAGUCACUUCUAUCCUAAAAUAGAAAUUUAUAUGUUGAAUCUUAGUUUUGUUGAUGCAAGGGUACUCUCUUUUUGUUUGUGCUGUUUUAAUUUUCAAUCUCUGGUUAUGUUUUUAUGCUGCAAGAAUGAUAUGUGGUUUUUUGAAGGAGAAUGAUAUGUGGUUGUUAUUCAGAUAUAGUAAUAAUACAUAUUAUUAUUUUGGGUUUGCUGUUAA